GAAAUAAGUUUCCAUAAAGUUCCUUACUUGGUGUUACUUACAGCGUACCAUAGAAUGUUGAUAACUUGAAUUCGAGAUCAUCAAUUCCUGCCAAUAGAGAAAUAGGAAGAGACCAUGCCAAGGGGAAAAGCAGGAACUGCAGCACCUGCUAGGAAACCGAGGGCACCAAAAGGACCAAAGCUUCCUGCACCUUUCACUAGAGGCACUGUCCUGCAAGAUCUCAGGAAGAAACAGUGGAAAUUAGGGGAUGAAGUUGGCAAAGGAGGAUUUGGUCUUAUUUAUCUGGCAUCAGAGGACAUAGGCUCUCCAGUAACUUCAACAGCUGAACAUGUUAUAAAAAUAGAACCACACUCAAAUGGUCCUUUGUUCUGUGAACUUCAUUUUUACCAACGGGUAUCAAGACCAGAGAUGAUUGAUAACUGGGUAAAAAGCAAGAAAUUAAAAUACCUAGGAGUGCCAAAGUACAUUGCCCAUGGGAUGCACCAGAGAGAUAAAGAAAACUUUCGUUUUAUGAUCAUGCCUCGCUUUGGAACAGACUUGCAAAAAAUAUUUGAAGGUUGUGGGAAACAAUUCUCAAAGGAAACAGUUCUUGCUCUGGGAUUAAGAAUGGUGGAUGCCCUGGAGUAUCUUCAUGAGAAUGGAUAUGUCCAUGCUGACAUUAAAGCAUCAAAUAUGCUUCUAGGCUUCAGUAACAAACAGCAGCAGCCAGACCAGGUAUAUCUGGUGGACUACGGUUUAGCUCUAAAGUAUAGUCCAGAUGGUUCCCACAAAGAAUAUAAAGAGGAUCCAAAGAAGGCUCAUGAUGGAACCAUUGAAUUUACCAGCACUGAUGCUCACAAAGGAGUUGCUCCUUCUCGUAGAGGUGACAUGGAGAUUUUAGCCUUCUGUAUGUUACAGUGGCUCUGUGGCAAACUGCCCUGGGAAGAUAAUUUAUUGGAUAAAGACUAUGUUGCUGAUUCCAAAAUUAGGUAUAUGAAAGACAUUCCUUCACUGACAAGAGCUUGUUUCCGAAAAGGAGAAACACAAGAUGAAAUAUCAAAGUUUCUGACCCUGGUGUCAAAAUUGGGUUAUGAGGAGAAACCAGAUUAUGAUAAGUACAGGGCAUUGUUUCAUGAUGGAUUAAAGAAAUUAGGAGUGAAAGAUGAAUGGAAGCUCAAUCUUCCCAUUGCUGGUGCUCCAUCAAAGAAGGGAAUUAAGAGGAAAAGUGAUGUAGCUGCAGAAGCUUCCAGUCCCAAGAAAACAGCAGUGGAAAAAGUCAAAGGAACUCCAAAAGCAGUGGCCACAUCAGGCUGUCGUCAAACUACACCAAAACCAUCUGCCAAGCCCCGACAAGGCACACCCAAGACAGCAAGAGGUAGAGGCACACCGAAAGUCUCAGCACCUCAAAGUCAAGCACCGAUUAAUGGUGAGCCUGUAAAGAGUCCUCGUAAAAGUCCAGCAAAAGUUCAGACGGUCAAAAGUCCUGUGAAAUCUCCAGCUAAAGGCAGUAUAUCAAAACCUUCUUCAACUCGACGCAAAGUUAAAAGAAGUAAGGCUCCUAAGGUUGAUGCCUGUGUUCAGACUUCUCCUCGCUGAGCUACAGCUUAAAAUAAUGCAAAAAUAGGUUAGUUAUCGCAGGUGUUCACUUAAAAAGUUCAGUGGCUGGAGCAGUAGUAGACAUUACCUUCCAGUAAAUUAAAGUCUUGAUAUGAUUAUGACUACAUAAUGUACUUUACAAAUACUGAAUCACGUACUAAGCAGUAUAUAACAGUCUUAAUAUCUGAGGCUGUAGAUUGUAAGUUCACUGAACAGUGGGGCCAAUCUGACACACGUACUAUUUUACAGAAAUAAUCUUCACAUCUGUGUUCCCUUUAUUUCUUUGUUUUAAUCUUUUGAACUUUUUGUAUUAACUGUCAUCAUCUUGUCAGUCAUUGUUAAAAAAUGUUUUGUAUUUGAUUACAAAAUAAACAUUUUAUUAAACAA